CUGCUCUCUGCGACGCACUGAGAGCGGAGCGGAGCGGAGAGGCGCGCUGCAUACCAACAGAGACACAACGGCAGGCUAAUUUCUGGUCAGGACGCACAGACCAUAACCUACUCUGACUGAACAGAUUACAUCCGAUCAUUGGACGGCUGGAAUUUUUCACGCUUGUGCUUCUUUAGAAACGAGCCGCCUGAGAGCCAAACUAAUUAUCUGGGAUUUUUGUUUUUUUGUUAUUUCUGCUGUUUGCCAGAGAUCCGGCACCAGAGAAUAUUAAAAUAAUAAUAGUAACAAUUAAAAAAGACACAUCCUCUCUCCGCGUCUCUCUUUCUGCGGGAGUAAAUCAGAAGGAAAAGUCCGGACAUAUGUUUUCAUCCACUCACAUGUAGAAGAGUUGGACUUACUGGGCUCUUGAUGUUUUUUGAAUAAACACAUUUUUUCCCGCAGCGGUUCCAUCGGGGAGGAAUACCGUCAUAUUUGGCUGCAACAAAACAAGCAGAGAAUCAGUCAGAACUCCAUCAUGGGCUGUCCGCUUGUGCACAACGCAUUGGCUGCUUUGAUCCUGGUUCUGCUGUUUAAAGGGUCCAGUGUGCACAGCGCAGAAAUCGGACUCCUGCCGGACAAUAUUACAGUGCUGGAAGGCGAAAGUGUGAUUCUGAGAUGUCGGAUCGACGAAGAGGUGACCCACAAAGCAUGGCUGAAUCGCUCUAAUAUCCUUUUCACGGGGACAGAUAAGUGGUCGCUGGACAAGCGCGUGACCCUGCUCAACAGCAACAACAGUGAUUUCUCCAUUCACAUCGAAAAGGUGCAGGUUUCGGACGAGGGACCUUACACCUGCACCUUCCAGGCAAACAACAAACCUCGCAUCUCCCACGUCUACGUCAUCGUCCAAGUGCCGGCGAGAAUCGUAAACAUCUCGAAAAAUGUGUCGGUGAACGAGGGGGAAAAUGUAAACCUUUACUGCCUGGCGGUCGGCCGGCCCGAGCCCACCGUCACCUGGAAGGACCAGAAAUAUGGGAUGGUGAGCGAGGGGGAGUUCUUAGACAUCACGGAGAUCAAGAGGCAGCAGGCUGAGGACUAUGAAUGCAUCACCCACAACGGCGUGGCUCCACCUGACCGGCGCAAGGUCAAAGUCACAGUCAACUACCCCCCCAUGAUCACAGACAUGAAGAACAUGCCCGCCCAUUUGGGGAAGACCGCAGUUUUGCGUUGUGAUGCGAUGGCAGUCCCCGCGGCGUCCUUUGAGUGGCACAGAGACGAUCACAAGCUGGUGGACACUUACAACACCUUAAGGAUCAAAAACGAGAAGACGCGCUCGCUGCUGCUGUUUACCAACGUGACAGAGAAGCAUUUUGGCAACUACACUUGCUUUGCCUCCAACCGUCUGGGUUCCUCCAAUGCCAGCAUUCUGCUGUUUCGACCAGGGGCCCUCCAGGGGCGAGGGACCAGUUUACAUGCAGGGAUGAGUGUCAGCAUGAGUGUUUGGGUUUCCCUUUCUGCUGCUCUUCUGCUGAAAGUGUAAGGACCCCGCUGCGUUUGGAAUCGUCCUUAAUCGUCCCUGGAAGCCCCACUUCCUCCUCUGCUCCCUUUCUCCCUCUCAACGGAAGGAAAACGGAAUGAAAUUCUUUAAUUAUGAACCCAUCACUGUGAACAAAAAGAAUAUGCAUUAUUCCAGGAGCCAUUGAAUCAUUGCAUCAGACGCACGGAAACUCCCAAACCCAGAAAAGGAAAAGAAAAUAAUAAUAAUUUGGAUUCUCACUAUCCUUUCUUCUGUUUCUCCCCACUCACUCACUCUCACACACACACACACACACACACACACACACACACACACACACACACACACACACACACACAGUCAAUACAUCCCUUUUCAGUCUCCCAGAAUGCCGUGCAGCUUUGUCUGACUCUGCACUUCCCCUCAUCCCCUUGUUUUCCCAUCAUUCCCGCCGGGGUGAUGUUAGUAGAACGUGUAUAUUAACGAGAAAAUAGAGAAUCUAAUAACUGGAUGGUCAUUUAUGUAAAAAAAACAGAUUACUGACUAACCUACAAUGUUUGCCUUAUGGAAAUAAUACAUAAAAUCACAAUAUUUUAGUGGUUAUUUCUGCAAAGAAUGGUAACAUUGUGGCUCGACGGUCAUGUGACCUUUUAAAAUUUGUCCAGCUGGUGGUCAUGUGAUGUGUCACCCUUUGAUCUCACACACACACACACCAAGUGACACAAAUGUGUGUUUUUGAUUUUUUUAUUAUCAUUAUUAUUAUUUUAACUGUGUAGCACUGAAGCUGCAAUGAAUGAUGUCAAAAUGUAUUAAAAAAAAGGAUGGGUGGUGGCGGCGCCAGUCUGAACAA